ACCAUGGGAUAUAUUUUGUAAAGACCCUUUGUUUAUAAUUUGAUUGAUAUAUAACUGAGCAACCGAAAUGAAUAAAAAAAAUGAUAUUGAAAAUGCAGAUAUGUCAGCAGAACGUGCUGCUCAGGUUAACAGCGUGAUGUGCAUUGUAAACGAAUCCAUUGAAAAAUUAAAAAUUUCCUUGGUAAUUCCAAAAAUACUGGAGAACCCGUUGACUGUAAGCAGACACUUAAAAGGGACAAAAUAUGAAGACUGCUUACAUAUUAUACAAUCCUAUUUAACAAUGAAGAAACCCGAUGUAAAAUUAUAUAGACCUGAAGAAUGUAUGCAAUUGCUACAAUUGAUCGAUAUGUUUCAUGAAAAUUAUGAAAUGUUGAAUAGUCUACCUAACUGGUUGGAUGAAUUGAGCCAUGUGGAUAAAUCUCUUUUAAAUUCUUUAACACUGUUACAAAACAUUGCCGAGGAGCGAUUAAGUAAAUCUGCCAUAGCUGAACUUGCAAAAGAAAAAAAAAUCCAUCAGGUGUAUCAUGAUAAUGAACAGAUGAAGAGGAACAUUAGAGAAUUUCAGGCCAAAUUACAUAAUCAAAAAAUUAACUUGAGAUGGAAAUUGGCAGCUAAGGAUGGUAUUAUUAAAAAGUAUGAGGCAGAUUUGGCAUUUAAAAAAUGGGACAAUAAUGUACAUGUAAGAGAAGAGUUGGUGAAGUCUAGCAGGCGUAUACAUAAUAUCCAUGUCGCUAGCGUCAUAAAACAAAAAGAAUUGGAAGAAGAACUAGAGAAAGCGAAAAUUGCAUAUGAAAAAAUGUUAAAAGAGAAUCUGGCACACGAGAAAGAAGUUCGCGAUGAAAAAAAUAAACUUUUAUUGCAAUUGCAAGCGUUGGUAAAGAAAUUCGAUCAAAAUAUUGGGGACAAAAUUAAAGAGAACGUUUACUUGCAAGAAGAGUAUGACGAGCAAAAACGACAGUUUGACGAAUUUCUCGAGGAAUACCAACGCGAGGAGGCUGAAUAUGAAGCUAUCGUUAAAACAAAAGAGGAGGAAGAUCGACGAAAGCACGAGGAGAAAGUAAUGCUGUUUAUGAUGACUCGUGCCGCGAAAAUUAUUCAACGGGCUUAUCGACGUUAUCGUCGAAGCAAAAAAAAGGUGGAAAAGAAAAAGGGCAAAAAGAGGCGUAACUAAAAUUGCUUUGAAUACUUAACUUAUGCAUACACUCCUCAUGGAGCCACUUUAAAUCUACGGUAGACGAUCGAAUCUAGGCACUCAAUGAAUUUUUUAUAUAAUAUAUCGAGAAAUAUUUUUCGGAAAAUUGUAGUUUUUGUUCUGAAUGUUUGUAAAAAACAAAUAAAAUAAUUCUCGCAAUCAACCAAAAAAAAGAAAAUAUUUUGUUUGAUUCUCAACUCAAAAAUGUCUCGUUUUUACUUUCGCAUUUUGAUUGUGCAAAAAAAUGUUAAAUGUCCGAUCAUUGGCUAAAUAUUUUUUAAAUUCCGAAAUCCGAUUUUAUGUGCAUUUCAAAUUUGUGAGAAUUUUUUAAUAUUUCAAUUGACACAUCAUCGCCAUCGCAAAGGCCGUUCCAGCUCCUGCUUCAGAAGUUCCUAAAUCAGUGUGCGUCACCUUAACAUUUGCCAUUAGUAUCAGUUAAACAUCUGUGGUCAAAACAAUUAUUGUCAAUACUGUGUUGAUAUAUUGAACCUCGACUUGAUCGUUUUGCUGGUGACUAUUCUGAAGCGGUGUAUUGCAAGAAAGCUUCAUUUAUUUUUAGCUCGAAG